AUGUAUUUGACGAUUCGACCCCUCCGAAUAAUUAGUCCUGUAACGAAAGAAUCGCCUUCCUGCCGUGAAGGAGUUGUCCCCUCUGGUAACCCCCCGCCCCCCCAACAAACACAAGGUUGCACGCUGUCCCCAACAUUGUUCCAGGUGUUCAUCAACGAUCCGUUGGAAGUCGUAGAGGCAGUCCGGAAGGGAGUAAAAGUAGGGGACACGGAAACUUCGGUGUCGGAAAUGCUGUUUGCGGAUGAUUUUGUCGGUAUGUCGGACACCCCUCAGGGACUGCAACUGCAAAUUGACGCGGCGAAGAAGUUUACUGAUAAGUGGAGAUUGUCUGCCAACGUUAAGAAGAGUGCCGCCAUGGUAUGCAACGAGGACAGAGAGGGAGCAGUAGAAUAUAGAUGGAAGUGCGGGAUCGAGGAGAUUGCAGUAGUGGACCAGUGCACAUACCUCGGAGUAGAGAUCGCAAAAGACUGCUCGUGGAAUGCACAAAUGUCCAAGGUAGCGGAAAAGGGCAAAGCACGAGCCGGGAAGCUGCACCCAAUACUCGCAAACAGGCACCUCGAUAAGCGCAUCAGAUUGAAGGUUUUGAAGAGCGUAAUCGUACCGCCGCUAGAGUACGCCGGAGAAGUAUGGGAAGGAAAUAAGAAGGUAGUGAACGAACUCGAGGCGGCGCAGAUGAAAGCAGCGAAAAUCAUCCUAGGGUGCUCCAAGCGCACAAAGGACGUAUGGAAGGGGCUCGACAUCGACGAAGAUGAAACGCUGGAAACGGAGGGUCUACAGGGGUUCAAGGAGAAGAUAUCUGUUGCUUGUGCCGAGAGAGAAGAACAGAAUGUAAGGAAAGAAACCGAGGAUGCGGAGGGUCUAGAAGUGUGA